AUGGACUGGUGGGAUGAGGCCGAGCUGGCUGGCUCUUUGACAAAGGCUUUGACGAGAGCUGCGUUUCAGGCCCAACGUCCUGAUUGGCCGGCCGUCCUCAACAAAGGCACCCCACUGUCUCUCAAGUCUCCACCGCACGCCGCCACCACCGCCACAAACACCGCGUGCCUUUGGGCCCGCCGCUCAGCAGGGCCCAGCCCACUCGAAUAUCGCAGCACCACUGCUUCACGGCCGGACGGCCUCAUCCUCCAUCUUCACAACCACGGCCUCACCAUGAACGGCGCACCAUCCACGGCCGACGCUGCGCCAGCUGCACCAGCUGCGCCGAACAAGGCCCAAUCAACCCCGCUGGCAUCGGCGAAUGGCAGCGGCAGCGCCGGUGCAGGUGCCAUCAAGAAGCGCAAGAAGGAUGCGCUGAAGCCCAUCAUCACGACCGAAGAGCCGCCUCACCACUCUAGCCUGAACCAAUCUCCAGCCGCAUCCUCCUCCGCCGAUGAUGCUGCCGAGAACACCGCCGACGAAGAAGACUCCGAGGAUUACUGCAAGGGUGGAUACCACCCCGUGGAGAUUGGCGAGAAGUUCCACGAUGGCAGAUACGUUGUCGUCCGCAAGCUAGGCUGGGGGCACUUUUCUACUGUCUGGCUGUCGCGCGACACUGUCACUGGGAAGCACGUGGCCUUGAAGGUUGUCCGGUCGGCCGCACACUAUACGGAAACGGCCAUCGACGAGAUCAAGCUUCUCAAGAAGAUUGUGCAAGCAAAUCCAAGCCACCCCGGUCGGAAACACGUCAUCAGCCUGCUAGACUCCUUCGAGCACAAGGGCCCAAAUGGCACUCACGUCUGCAUGGUUUUCGAAGUCCUCGGCGAGACCCUGCUAGGCCUCAUCAAGAAGUGGAAUCACCGUGGCAUUCCAAUGUAUCUUGUCAAGCAGAUCACAAAGCAGGUGCUACUCGGCCUCGACUACCUUCACCGCGAAUGCGGUAUCAUCCACACCGACCUCAAGCCAGAGAAUGUCCUAAUCGAGAUCGGCGAUGUCGAGCAGAUCGUCAAGAAAGUCGUAAAGACCGACAACUCAGACAAAAAAAACAACCGGAACGGGAGGAGGAGGAGACGAACCCUUAUCACCGGAAGCCAGCCGUUGCCCUCGCCUCUGAAUGCAAACUUCGGUCACUCAACCCCCUUCUCCACGUCCAGCUCCCACUCCAAUCUCGGCCAGGUCUUGCACGACUGGGCACAAAAGUCCAACUCGCCGGCAGGUGCUGAUAGGGACCCCAAGGAUGCUCUUGCUGAAGAGGUGCAGAAAAAGAGAGAGCAGACUGAGGACAUCCUUGCCAAGAAAGUUUCCAAUGUGACUCUGGAUAAAUCACCCCCUCACCAUUCUACGUCUCCCUCCGACAGCGACAAGCGCAAGGUCGAGGACAAGGGCCUGGACACUAUCAGCGUCAAAAUAGCCGAUCUUGGCAACGCCUGCUGGGUCAACCACCACUUCACAAACGAUAUCCAGACCCGGCAAUAUCGGUCCCCGGAGGUCAUUUUAGGCGCCAAAUGGGGAGCCAGCACGGAUGUAUGGAGCAUGGCUGCUAUGGUGUUCGAGCUCAUCACCGGUGAUUACCUCUUUGACCCGCAGUCGGGAACCAAGUAUGGCAAAGACGAUGACCACAUCGCCCAGAUCAUUGAGCUGCUUGGGCCCUUUCCCAAGUCGCUCUGCUUGUCUGGGAAAUGGUCGCAAGAGAUUUUCAACCGCAAGGGUGACCUACGAAACAUCCACCGCCUCCGCCACUGGGCGCUCCCAGACGUGCUUCGCGAGAAAUAUCAUUUCCGAGACGAUGAAGCGAGACGCAUUUCCGAGUUCCUGCUUCCCCUCCUCGAGCUUGUUCCGGAGAAGCGCGCCAAUGCCGGCGGCAUGGCUUCGCACCAGUGGCUAGAUGACACCCCGGGCAUGCAAGGAACCAAAAUAGAAGGUGUUGAGGUGGGCAGCCGGGGAGAAAGUAUAGAAGGCUGGGCAACGGAGGUUCGAAAACGGUAA